AUGGAGAGUAAUGCAAAAAGGGAACGAAAGGAAGGAAAGGGAAAGAAAGGAAGGGAAGGGGAGGGAUGGGAAGGGAAGGGAAGGAAAAGAAGGGAAGGGAAGAUAAGGAAAGGGAAGGAUGGGAAAAGAAGGAAGGGAAGGAAAGAAAAGGAAAGGAAAGGAUGGGAAGGAAAGGAAGGGAUGGAAAGGAAAGGAAGAGAAGAGGAGGGAAGGGAAGGAAGGGAAGGGAAGGGAAGGAAGGGGAGGGAUGGGAAGGGAAGGGAAGAAAAGGAAGGGAAGAGGAGGGAUGCAAAGGGAAGGGAAGAAAAGGAAGGGAAGGGGAGGAAGGAAAGAAAAAGAAGAGAAGGGGGAGGAAGGGGAGGGGAGGGAAGGAAAGGAAAGGAAGAGAAGGAAAGGAAAGGAAGGAAAGGAAAGGAAGGAAAGGAAGGAAAGGAAGGAAAGGAAGGGAAGGGAAGGAAAGGUAGGGAAGGAAAGGAAGGGGAGGGAAGGGAAAGAAAGGAAGAGAAGGAAAGGAAAAGAAGGAAAAGAAAGGAAGGGAAGGGGAGGGAAGGGAAGGAAAGGAAGAGACGUGAAGGGAAGAAAAAGAUGGGAAAGGAAGGAAAGGAAAGGAAGGGAAGGAAAAGAAGGAAAGCCAAGAGGAGGGAAGGAAAGGAAGGGAAGGGAAGAGAAGGAAAGGUAGGGAAGGAAAGAAAGGGGAGGGAUGGGAAGGGAUGA